AGUGGUGCGUCAGGAAGCAGCAGCGAAUCGGAGAGCAGCUCAGAGUCUGACACGGACGAGUCCGAAAGCAGCUCCAGUGACAGCGACUAUAAUCAGGCCUCCCGCACAAACACUCCAGAGCCGGAGCCCCCUUCUACUAACAAGUGGCAACUGGACAGCUGGUUGAACAAAGUCCAAGCUCAGACCAAACCUCUGGUCCCUGCACAGCAGGAGCAUCAUGGCUCAGGCUCCAUCAGCCAGGAUCCACAGACAUUUUCUCCUGGGACUGAAGCACCAGGAGCGUGUUCAUCUGCUAAAACCAAACCCUGUGGGUCCAACGGUGCAACUGUUCCUGCUGCACCUGCAGUGGAGCACAAAGACAGCAGGGCUAACUUCUGCCCGGGCAGGGAAAAGGCCAAAGCCAAGCUUGGCCAGAAAGCCUCAGGGGAGGGUCAGAGGUCCAAGAUGAGGCUGUCGCCAGGCCUGCUGUCGGGGCAGGAGGUCCCAGCCCCGAGGAGAAUCACCACCGGGAAGAAACAGCCGCGACGGGCCGAGAGGUCAAGCAGCGUGGAGGAUAACCAGAACCAGCCAUGGAGCAGAGCGAACCAGCACAGCCCCGCAGCGAGAGAGAAGGACCUGUUGCCUCCUCCCUCCCUGGAGCAUCAGAACCCCCCCAGGCCGAGAGGGAAACCUCUCAGCGGGAAGACGGCCCCGAGGAAGGAGCCUCGCAGUGCUGCUAAUUCCAACGCCAACACAGCCGCUCCACCAGCGGCGCUGCAGCAGACCGCUGUGCCUGUUCCUGCUGUCACUGUGAACCAGGACAAGAGGAAACAUAGAGGUCCCAGCAGCAAAAUCACACCAAAGUCCAGAGAAUUCAUCGAAACAGAUUCCUCUUCCUCUUCGUCAGAAUGCCAGUCGGACGGCGAGGACGCCAACAAAGUCCCCUCUCUGCCACCCCAGGCGACACGCUCCGCGGUUAACACGCAGACGCUGGCCAACUCUCACAUCCAUACGCCUCUCCUCCCGUGCCUUGGCGUUGCUGGAGGUGCGGGAAAUCUGGGCGCGUUUGCAGGAACAGGACUUCGAGGCAAAGACGGCGGCGGCGUAACCACCAGCGGAAGCGUUGCUAGCAACCUUCUGAGCGUCAGCAGCAUAAGUGCUUCUUUUGGGAAUUCCGUGCCGGAUCCCGGAGGGUCUGGCGUGCAAGGCAAGGAUGUGGAGCCCGUGUCCCCAUCACCAAAUAUUGGACAUGCUGUGGUUCUGUCCCCUCUGAGGGAAUAUCCUGAAGUUCAGAGUUUGUGGGUGAAAAUUGACUUGAGCUUCCUCAGCAGGGUGCCGGGGCCGGCUGUGAGAGAACGAUCCAGGAUGGGAGCGGUGGAAAGGGACAGCAAUGCAGGGAUAGACAAAGAGAGGCAGAAGAUGGCGAAGGGGGAGAGACAGGAGGAAGAAAACGAGCGUUUAGUGAAGGACAAGGAAAGGCAAAGUGACAGAGACAGAUUAACAGACAGGGAGAGGCAGACAGACAGAGAGGACAGGUUUGCAUUUGGAGAAAGGGAGAGGACUGCUGCAAGGGACAGAGAGAAGAUUAGCCAAGGUCUGGGAGUGUUGGACCUCCCCCCUGGGCACGAGCAGAAUAAUCCCAGACUGGCUGGGAGGAUGGAGAGGGUGGAGAGCGGAGGUAAACACAGAAGGCAGGCAGCUGCAAACAUGGGGACUCCAACAGAAAAACACAUCAGCAAAAGCAAAAGGAAACACAAGUUGGACCAUGGCGAAUCAUCAGUCAAGUGUAAUAAGAAGCUACGUCUGGACAAAGACUGCCUGCUCCUCCCACCAUGCAUCUCUCCAAUACACAACCACAAAAGCAGCUCUGCUGACGGCUCUCUAAGCAGGAAGCAGACCCGACGACGUGACGAGAAGCUGCUGCCCCCCCUGCUGUCGCCGCUCUCCGAUGAGCCGCCACGCAAACGCGCCUGUGAAGGCGGCCCGUCUCUCGCCGAGGAGGCCGGUUCUGUGGGGAUGCUGCCCUGCUCCACGUCAUCCGCUUCCUCCUCGUCCUCCUCGCACAGACACCGGAGAGGCGAGGGCAAGACUGCAAGAAACGGAAGCGACCUGGACUCUGGUGGUGACAAACCCGGCGCAGACAGUUACCACUCCAACGGCCACUCUGACUCGGAGGUGUGGUCCGAGGCCCUGUUGGACCAGGCUGAACCACGAAGGCCAAGGCUUUCAUUCACUGACACAGUCCACAGUGCAGAGUACUACAUGCAGGAGGCAAAGAGGCUGAAGCACAAGGCUGAUGCUUUGACGGAUAAAUUCGGGAAAGCUGUGAACUACGCAGAUGGGGCCCUCUCCUUCAUAGAGUGUGGGAACGCCAUGGAGCGAGACCCGCUGGAGGCCAAAUCGCCGUAUACGAUGUACUCGGAGACCGUGGAGCUGAUCAGGUAUGCCAUGAGGUUAAAGAACUUCACCAGCCACUCGGCCACCAUCUUGGAGAAGAGGCUAGCAGUUCUCUGUAACCGCUGUCUGUCUCUGCUGUAUCUGAGGAUGUUCCAUCUGAAGAAAGACCACGCUGUCAAGUACUCGCGCUCGCUCAUGGACUACUUCAAGAAUUCGGCAAAGAGUUCCCAUCAAGCCCCCUCUCCUUGGAGGACCAACGGAAAGGUCAACGGCACUCCGUCGCCUCUCUCUCUCAGCCCAUCUCCCGCCAGCAGCGGAGGAGCGCCGGGAGGAGGCGGCGCAUCAGGGUCGUCUGGUAGUGUGGCGAUUCCCCAGCGGAUCCACCACAUGGCCGCCAGUCAUGUGAACAUCACCAACAACAUCCUGAGGAGCUAUGAGCACUGGGAGACGGCUGACAGACUGGCAGCCGACAGCAGAGACUUCUUCCAGAACCUGGACUCGUUGAUGGGGCCUUUGAGUCAGCAGAGCAGUAUGACGGAGCUGGUGCGCUACAUCAGGCAGGGACUUCACUGGCUCCGCACAGAGGCUCAGCUGUUAUAAACACUGAACAUAAGCUGAAAUAAAACAAAAAAAUAACAGAAAGCAAAUAAAAGAAACGGGCCUGGGAACUAGAGCUGGGAUAACAGCUGCGACGAGACCCGGAAGGACGCUUCCCUUCCCACAGAGAUCCCUGCAACGACCCAGCUUUGCACACGGUAACUUAACGGUUUAGGCUGAGUCUGUUAAUCAGGCUGAAAUUCACCUGCAGUCAGCGCUGCAUCGGAACACAGAUCAGCUCCUCAGUAAUGCUGCUUUUUACAGCGGCUGCAACAAAGAGUCAGAACAGGUGGUUUAAACUCCUGAGGAGACACAGCGCUCCCCCAAACUCUCCCUUUGACUCUGACUUAAAAAAAAGAACAAAAGGAGAGCAGAAAGUACAAAAAAAGUGAUUUUUACUGAGAUGGAAGGAUUGUCUAGAAGAUAGGUGAGCGGCAUUAAGGCAGCUAAAUGUGGCCAAAGAGCUCAGCAGAGGCUCAUCAAGCCCAGCAGAGGAGCAGAAAUGUGUCAGUGAUUGGGUCUGGAUUUAAAGCCUCAGGCUGAUAUUGAUCCAGCUGGGAAAGUAGCAGACCGAUCCAUCAGAUAAGGACCACACCGGUGGGGAGAAAGAGGCCGGGCUGUGACCCCUCAGGCAGAAUCAAAGCAGGCAGAAGUCAGUCCUCUACUUCUGUUUUAGUCCUCAGCGAGGAAUCCUCCGACACGAGAAGACAGGCUGAAGCCUGACUGCCGAGUGUCGUGUGCAGAGUUGCGGGAAUUGCUCUUUUCAGUCGGCAGCUUAAUUUCAAAUUUUAAAUUCACUAGAUAUUUCUUCAUGUGUUUCAAAAUAAAUACCAAGAUUGGAUGCAAAAACUGUGACCAGUCAGGGUGCUUCUAGAUAAAGGACAAAAAGGAGCAAAUUCCUGCAAAAAAAAAUGUUAAGGGCACGGUGCAGCAGGGGGCGACAUUUUUAGUCCUAAACCCACUAGAGGUGUUUGAUACAGCUUAUUUUGGUAUCAGUCCGAUACCCAGGAAAAACAGGAGGAAGCAUCAACGAUAUCACUAUCAACACUGAUACCUUUUAAUGUCUAAGCAGGAUACCGAACUUCUGAUUUUAAAUGUUUUUGUGGUUUUAAUUUUGUCCAGCUUACGAACCGGGUUGAUCCCAUGAUAUUUCUGUGAAAAACAGGAGAAAAAACUGCUAAUAAACCACAAAUAAAUUGUUUCAUCAAAUACCUUCAGGAAUUUUUUUAAUACUAACAGUUAAAAUGAUCAAAUUGAAAUAGAUGUCAGAUUUCAAAGAAUAAAUCCCAUUUUGGGCCUGUCCCUGUGUGCAGAACAAAUGACUCAACACAAUAUGGAUAUUAGCGAUAUUUGGAAUUGAUCUGCCCAUCGCUAAAAUCCACCAACCGUAGGUUUACGUUUCCUAACCCCUAAUGUUAGCCAAGCGUUAGACCUCGGGGGAAAGAAUAAACCUAAGGUGUUAAAUUAGGUUUGGGUAGUUAGUCCACUGACCAUUAGUUACGACUUUCUCCAAAACUGCCAGUCUGAACUACAUGUAUUGUAAAAAUGGCGUCGCCCUUUUUCCUUUAGAAGAGAAGUGUUGUACCGAUACCGGGUAGGGUCACUAUCUAGCACUAAAAUGGUGGUAUUGAUAUCGACA